AUGAUGCCAAGAUAUUUUUUUCGUUUACGCCCAACUACUAAUUUAUUGAUCUUAAAUCAUGUCAAGUCAAAUCAUCUACAUCCCAAGUAUUCUUUUUUCCAUCAGACAAAGAAAUGCCAAUUUUCAAUUCUCACUCUUUUAAAAACCUUAACUAAUCCUCUUACAUUAUUACUUGAAAAUCUGGAUAAACCAAAAAAAACAAUUCAGGAAAUAAAAGUUCAAGCUUUGGAAACUUAUGAAAAAUUCAAUUGUCCGUCAACUCAUACUUUUAAUAAGACACCUAAUUUUGUUGGGCGUGAGAAAGAGAAAAUUGUCAUUGAAGAAAUUUUAAAUAAUAGUUUUAAAUGGAUUGUCGUUAGUGGUGUUGAAAGAGUAGGGAAGACAGCAUUAUUACGUGAAAUACUUUCAGAUGAUAAAUAUAAUGUAAUUCACUUUGAUUUACGAAUUCCAGGUUUCGCUAACUUGCAUUCUUUCGUAACAGAAUUUUCAUAUCGUAUUGAAACUUUCUUAUUACGACUUUCUGAAAAUCAACAAUUUGACAAAGAAAGUGCUAAAGUUCUGGAAGAUCAAGCAAUUGGAAUUAAACCAAAAUUAUUAGAAAAAUUUCACGCGAGUCUAUUAAAAUAUCAUUCAUUGAAGAAAGAUAAAAUUCAUAAACAAAUUCCCGUUAUAUUUAUUGAUGAGGCACAUAAAUUAAGAAAUUUGAUUAAAGAUGAUGAAGCGUUACAAAUUUUAUUUGAUAUGAUGGUAGUUUUUGCAACCCAAGAUAAAUUAUGUCAAGUUAUUCAUUCAACUUCUGAUGAUUUCUAUGAUAGAUUUUUAACGAAAACAAGUCAUAUUAAAUUUCUGGUUAUUGGGGAUUUGAACUAUUCAAAUAUCUCUCAUAUAUUUUAUAAAGAUUUAUUACCAUCAGUACCUAAAGAAUUUCGUGAGAAUCUUGUAAGAAUGGAAGACGAUCUUUACGAAAUAUUUGGUGGUAAUAUUGUCGAUUGGCAAAAUUUCGUACAGGAUUAUAAGAUUUCAUGUGGAAAUUUAACAAUUGAUAAUUUUGAACCUCUUUACCGAGUUAAAAAUCAAUUCGUAACACUUUUUCUUGGAAAUGAAAUUUCUAUUAAAUUAAUUUCUCUUUUUCAAAGAAUUGUGUCAAAUCCAUUGCAUUGUAUUGGAUAUCAUUAUGCUUGUAAUGAAUUUACUCAAUAUAUAAUUGAUAAACUAAUAGAGGAAGGAAUAUUGAAAUAUAGAUUAACUGAUGAAAUCGGAGAAAUUGUUCAUAAUGAAGUUAAUGAAGUUGAAAGUCCAUAUGUAAUGCCAAGUAGUAUGAUGACACUUCAUGUUAUGAAAAUGAUGAUCCAAGAGAAACAAGAUAAACAAGAUAAAAAAGAGAAUUAA